AUGUCCGAAAUCAAGCAGCAGCAAGAGAACGGCUACCAGGGAGGAGCUCAGCCCAUCCGAGCUCUCACUCCCGGUGGACACCCACAAGACACGUCUCAACCCGCUUUCCCCAUCUAUCAUCGACGCUUCGCCAACCCUGCACCUCUGGGUCUGUUCGGUUUCGCGGCAACGACGUUUGUUCUUUCGAUGUUCAACGUUAAAGCGCGCGGCGUUACUGUCCCUAAUGUGGUUGUUGGUCUUGCGAUCGGUUAUGGUGGUUUGGCUCAAUUUCUUGCUGGAAUGUGGGAGUUUGCUGCUGGUAACACAUUUGGUGCUACUGCUUUCUCCUCCUACGGUGCUUUCUGGUGGUCGUAUGCUAUCAUUCAAAUCCCUUGGUUCGGUAUUGCAGAGAACAAUUACAACCCUAAAGGUGUUCCCGAGACUCAACUGGCAAAUGCAGUCGGUAUCUAUCUCGCCGCUUGGUUCAUCUUUACAUUUAUUAUGCUGUUGGCUUCCUUCCGAUCCUCGGUUGGUUUGGUUGCGUUGUUUUUCUUCUUGGACAUUACCUUCUUGCUUCUGUUUGUAGCAGAGUUCACGGGUAACGCAAAGAUCCAGACUGCUGGUGGUUCGUUUGGUAUCCUUACUGCUGCUAUUGCUUGGUAUGUAGGUGCCGCUGGUCUUUUGACUCCAGACACAAGUUACUUUACUCUCCCUGUUAUCGAGCUCUCGCGUAGAGACUAG